UCUUCAGACCAACAGCGGGACCUGUCUGACGAGGUGAACUAUUUACACCCCGUCUCAGUCUCGCACCGAAACACAUACAGCUCUCAUGGCAGCGGAGCAGUUCAUUCAACCAAUCUGUUAACAGGUGUUUAAACAAGCGACAUUUAGCUCAGAAACUCGUGAGAGUGCACAUCGUCUGUUGAUGGUGAUACCUGAACUGGAAAAUACAUACGUUUUGGAGAUGAAAAGUUCAUAAUCUAACAGCUGGGAGAGUUUCGUCUGAUUUGCUAUCCUGUACAAUGAUGGAACAGGAAGAACUGCUGGACUUCAAAGCCCUAAGGGCAAAGUUCCUGCAAGAAGAUACCCUGAAGCUAAUGAAUAAACCUGCCAUUCCGCAAAAGCCAAAAGUCAUCCCCCCUCCCCCCAGUGGCACGCGUGUGACUCUCAUCUCUUCCAUCAACGCUGCCGUGGAGAACAGAAUGGCGCCCCGUGUGGUCUUCAAAGAUGACAAGCUGCCGCAGACCCUGAAACCCACGUCCCCACAGUUGGCAGCCCCCGAAUCCAAAGACAAACAGCCCAGCGUAAAGCCGGAACUUGUUGACAAAAAACAGAAGAGAGAGGCGGACAUUAUCAUGCAGGCAAUGAAAGAUAAGAAGCUGCCCAUGGUCCUCCCAGUGACCGUGCCAGCCCCAACUCCUGAGCCUGCCUCCCCUACACAGCCAACCAAACCUGCCACCCCCAAGAAGAAGAGGAUUUCCUUCUUCAAAAAGCCUCUAAAGCCUGCAAAAGUCAAGGCAGGAACUGUCGAAAGUGUAUCACCCCCAAUCUCACCAAGCCCACUCAGUCCACCAUCCAGUGGCUCCACCCCAGUGGUUGAUGCACCUGUGGCUCAGAUAGCUCUCAUCCCUCCCAUCCCAGUCAUACCUACACCUCCCAGUUGUCCUGAUGUUCUACCUCUGGAUGUUCCAGAAAUUUCUCCCCCAAGCAUUCUGCAGCCAAAGGUUCCUGCCCCUGAAGAUGCUGUACUGCAGAUUCCUGAUCCAGAACUUCCUGCCUCUGAAACCACUGUUUUGUCUGUUCUUGAUUUGGAAAGUUCUACCCCUGGAAUUGCUAUAGAAGCCAUUCCAGAGCCGGACAUCCCAGUUCCAGAUAUUCUGACCCAAAUUGCUCCUGAGGUAGCAGAGGUACCAGAACUUGACUUUUCUGUGUCAGAUAUCCCAGCUCCAGAAAUUUCUGUUCAAGAUGAGCCAGCUUUGGAGAUUUCAGAGUUAGAUAUUCCAACCCCAAUCAUCCCGCCUCUAGAAAUUCCAGACUCAGAUGCUCCUGAUCCAGAAAUUUCAGAUCUAGUUAUCCCGGAUCCAAUCAUUCAAGAUGUGGAUGUUACCGACCCCAGUAUUCCAGAUGUAACUUCUCUUGAUCCACCAGCCUCCUUUUUACCCACCCCCUCAAUUCCAGCCUCUGUCAGUCUGGCUGUAUCUAGAACUCCCUCUCCUGAACAAGUUGCCUCUCCUGAGGCAGCCUCCACCCCCCUUCCUCUAGAGUUUCCCCCAGCACCUGUAGAAUUUGCUGAGGUGGAGGAUGCUGCUUCAGAAACACAACAGGAAAGUAGUAGCGCUUCCACAGAAGAAACACCUGGGGAACCUCUGUGUCCUACCCCCACCAAACCUGUAUCGGCCCUCUCGGUCCUGGAGAGAGCAGAGGAGUCCUCCCCCGAGAAACGGACCACGCCUAGUGACCAGAGAAUACUCGACCUGCUGGAAAAGGCCAAGAAGAAACAUGCAGGCAAGGCAGUCAGAACCCCUUCCCCCUCUCUGUCCCCGUCUGUUUCACCCAUCCCGCCUGUCCCGCCCGUCAGGAUGACCCCCACCCAGGCUGACCACACCCCCUCGGUCAGUCCCACACUCUCGCUGCCUGAGCUCCCCCCAGUUGAUUAUGAAAACUCAACCGAGAAGGCUGGGUCAGACCAGGGACAACCAGUGUCUCUGGUGAACGGUUUCGAUCACAGACAAGUUUCUCCCAUUUUGGAGGAGCCAGCGAUGGAGGAGGCACAAGCAGAGGUUCACCCAGCCACCCCAGCCAGAAAGCCCUUGCCUCCUAUACCAUCCCUGGGCCCGUCUCCUGACAAACCUCAUCGGCCUCCUGUAGUGGACCUCAGCCCUUAUCAACUCAUCAGCCAGAUCCCAGAGCCCCAGGAGGAGGAUGUGGGGACUCCAGCUCCAGAGGACUUCAGCCAAGAGGAGCCGGUCGUGGACACCCGGAACCUUUCGGCAGUGGUUCCAGAAUGCGAAGACGUUCAACCACCAGAGGUGGAAAUUCCUGAGUGCGGAAUCUCCGAGUCAUCCACUCUUGAAGAGGCUGUGUCCAGUGCAGAGCCCGAGGCUCCAGAGGAGGCUCUUGGAGCUUUGGAUGAGGUCUAUGAAGACACAGAGCUUGGACCUCCAGUGGCCGAGCUCCCAGACACAGAGGCAGUGGCUGCAGAAGCACCUCCAGACACACUGGACUCGCCAGUUAGUCAAGACGCCAAGAUGCUAACCAGACCACAGGAGAGCCCACCUGAAACCACUGACCUGACAACCAAUAAGAAAAAAAGCAAGAAGCGCAAGUCCCCACCAAAAAAUCCCUAUGCUGAUUCGCAGCCUGCGCCUGAAGAAACCCAGAAGUCUGGAUGGUUCAAACCCAAAAAAAGCAGCGCUGAGAUUGCUGAAGAAAAAGAGCAAAAGAGGAGAGAGAAACAACGGGAGAAAGAGCGCGAGAAGGAGCGAGAGAGAGAGAAGAAAGAGCAG